UUUCUUUUUACUAUUAUAACUGAUUUAUCAUUCUUUGGYCACUUUGCAGUAGAGUAAUAUACCGAAAUGCAAAAGACUCAUCCAGGACACAAGUUUUCCGCUAAACAAAGAACAGCUGACGUCUUGACAGAAGAGGAAGUAGACUUCGAGUCACUGCUCCUUUCGCCAUCACUCGUACAAGGACUGACAGACUCUGGUUUUGAAAAACCAUCACCGAUACAACUGAAAGCUAUUCCCCUCGGAAGAUGUGGAUUAGAUUUGAUUGCUCAAGCCAAGUCUGGUACUGGAAAAACAUGUGUUUUUAGUGUUAUUGCCUUAGAGAGUAUUAACACAGAUACUGCAGCCACUCAGGUGUUGAUUUUGGCACCUACAAGAGAGAUUGCAGUCCAAGUCAAAGAUGUAGUCAAUGCUAUUGGUUGCCAUAUUAAAGGUCUAAACUGUCAGGUCUUUAUUGGUGGACUGCCUCUGGAUGAAGAUAAAAAAGCCUUGAAAGGCUGUCAUGUUGCUGUUGGAUCUCCAGGUCGUGUCAAGUACCUUAUUGAGAAUGGUUUUCUGAAGACUGAAUCUGUAAGAAUGUUCAUACUGGAUGAGGCUGAYAAACUUCUGGACGACAAUUUCCAAGAGCAAAUCAAUUGGAUUUACUCAACACUCCCAUCAAACAAGCAAAUGAUGGCUUUCUCUGCAACAUACCCAGAGUACCUUGCAAACCACCUAACUAAAUAUAUGAGAGAACCUACUUUUGUCAGACUUAAUGCAUCAGAUCCAACUCUACAAGGGAUUAAGCAGUUUUACUCUGUAGUGCCAUUCCACCAUCUACCUCACAAAGUCUUCCAAGAAAAGGUUGAACAACUCGUAAAGCUUCUGUCCAAGGUCAACUUCCACCAGUGCUUAAUUUUUUCAAACUACCAAAUAAGGGCACAAAGUUUAUCAUCAACCCUGUGUUCAAAAGGGUGGCCGGCCACUUUCAUUGCAGGAAGCCAAACGCAACAAAAGAGACUGCAAGCCAUGGAAAAGCUCAAGGAUUUCAAAUGUAGAAUACUCAUCUCCACUGAUCUGACGGCACGAGGUAUUGAUGCAGAGAACGUGAACCUUGUGGUUAAYAUGGACAUACCUCGAGAUGGGGAAACUUACCUUCACAGGAUAGGAAGAGCUGGCCGAUUUGGAACAAAAGGUGUUGCAGUUACAUUUGUUGCCAAAGGUAAAGAAGAGAAGGAUCUCAAAGAACUACAGAAAAGUAUUAGAGUAUUAAUGGAGGCUUUACCAGGGACCAUCCCAGAGUCAUUGAUGGUAAGCGAGACACCAGUAACUGAUGAUCAAAGUCUACAGAAAGAUAGCAUUGAAGUAAAUGUUCUUUACAAAAACACUGCCAUUGACACAUUUCAGUCUACAGUGGAACUAAGCAAAUCAAAGAAUCAAUAUUGUGCAUUCAAAGACAAGAAUAUGGAUCGCAAUGUUGAAGAUAUUCCCUCAAAAAGAAACAACAGCAGUUUUACGUCAGAGCUGCUAACAGGAGAAUAUUGUAAGGAGAUAAURUCUCCAUCAAAACCUAAGGAUGGUUUAGAGAGCUCAGAAAAUGCUUCAAAAGGUGGUGUUGAUUCAGGACGACCAGAAACAAAUAAGCAUCUUGAACAAGAAAAAUCCUCCAUCAAUUGUAUUCUGUCACCAAAAUUUGAUGAUAAAAACACUAGUCACUUUGACAAAAUGAUAAAUAAUAACUCCACAGAAAUGUUUAUGGCUAACAUUGACAAUCCCGCAAAUUCAAAAACACCUGAAUCAAAGAACUGCGAAGAUUUCUCAAAAUUACAGAAAAAUAUAGACAAGGAGGUAAUAGAUUUAUCAGAAAAUCCUACAGGCAUUAUUGAUCAAGUAAAUCAUACUCUACCGUCAGUAGAUGAGUUUGAUAAAGAUUUUGAGGAAUACUUAGCUUUUACAAAUGAAACUCAAACCACUUUUCAAGGAAGCAAUGAGGUACUUGAAAUAAGUAGUGAUAUAUUCCAUCACCAGAACGUCAAUGACACUUCACCCAAUCCUCCWGGCAGCUGUAUUGAGAAAUGUUCAGAUAUAGGUUGGAAGAAUGAAUGUGAGAAUGAUGAUGUUCAAAGUGUCUCUUCUAUUGAUGACUAUGAUGAUAAUGUGGACAGCGAUGCUUGUGGUUAUAAUUAUAAUGAUAGGAAUGAUGAUGAAAAGGUUGCAAGUGGUUGUGGAACGAGUAAUGAAAGUUCACUCAGUGAUGACGGAGAUCCUGGUGACAGCUUUUCUGAAAGUGACAGCAGUGAUGAUGGAGAGGUUCCAAAUGGUCGUGYAAUAAGUAAUGAAAGUUCAAACAGUAAUGAUGACCCUAGCAGCAACUCCUKUGAAGGUGACAGCAGGGAUGAUGGUGAUACAAGAAGUGGAGAUCAUACUUCUGAAUCUCRAGAUGAUUCAGCUGAUGAUAAUUAUGAGCAACACAACAUCCAAACUCAUUAUGAACAAAAAUAUGGCAAACACACAUUAGGWAACCAGACUGUUUUGCAUAGUGAAAUUCAAAUUGAUUCAUCAUCUAAUAAAGUCGUAAUGAACGACCAUCCAAUAAACGGGCAUUGGAAAAAUGAGGACUUAACUAAAGAUUUAUCACACAGAACCAAUAGUAAUAAUUUCACUGAUGGCACCCAAGAAGGUAGUAAAGAAUCAAGGACUAAAUCAGUUCAAUACAACAGUUGUAAGAAUAAAGAURAAUGGAGUCAAAGUGAGCCAGGAUUUGGUUCUUACAGAAAGUGGAAUCGCUUUCAUUCAGAUAUUUCAAGUACACAGGAAAAUCAUUGCACCUCAUACAAUCAUGCUACAUACCAACAAUUUGGACAAGGGCACAUGGAAGAUGAGUUUGAUAGAAACGUGGAUUAUGGCCAUCAUUUCAAUCAUGGGUCAGAAACGUUUAACAGCCAUACAAAUUCAAACCAAAUGUGUUGUGGAAAUACUGUAUGUCCAGGGGAUUUUCAGUGGAGGAGGGCAUGGUAUAGUUCAUUCUAUACAAUUAACAGUACUAUCAGACAUUUUGGAAAGAAAAGAAAUUAGAAAUGUGGGUUAUUAUGGCGGAAGAGUUUCUUAUAUGGAAAMCAUGAAUAAUGUUGGCUUUGAUCUGCAUUAGUGCUACUACAUUCUUCUUCUUUUCUGCUAGUUUAAAGCAUGGCACAUUGCGAGUACCAUUUCCUGCACUUUGGCAUGUCAGCUACAAUCUUCUCAGCUUCCUUCCAACUUUUCCACCCGAUCUGUUUCCUUUACUUUUGAAUUAUCURCCUCCAUGUCUCCCCUGAAGUGCCUAUGUCAUGAGAAUGGGCGAGUACAAUGAAAAUAGAAGACAGCAUAAGGACAGGAGAUGGGAAUGUUGGUUAUGAGCUGAGAAAGGAGAGUAAUGAUGACAGACAAUUGUAUAGGUGAGGGAACAASUUCAUUUUGUUGUUAAUUGAACCAAAAAAUGACAAGAAUAUACAUCGAUUGCAUGUUUUGAUUAACAUUUUAUUAGUAUUGAAUGUUUAAGUAUGUAUUAAUGAAAAGUAAAGUAUUUAUUAUCUAGUGAAAAUGUAUACAAUUAUUGUAAAUGUGCCAAUUAUUGUAAAUAUGUUUAGUGUAAAACAGAAAAAAGACGUUUUGGAAUGUGUUAUAACAAGCAAUGCAUUCAUUGCAUUAAGACAAUGAGGCGCUCCUUUUUUUUCUGAGAAUAGCAAAAUUCUCAAUUAGGGAUAACAAAAGAUUUACUACAUGUUCCAGUGUCCUUUUUCACACAYAUUUUAUUGAUUCAAAAUUGUUGUGCAUGAUACCUACACACGAAAAGACCAUUGCAAAAGAGCUUGCAUCUCAAACACUCUUAAACUUCCUCCAGUUCAUUCUGAACUCWAGGGCAUGAAGCCUAUGUGAAAACUAAGUGAGUUGGGGUUUGCGCAGAGAUUGACUGUGUCAUUUUGAGACAUUGGAAGACUGAAUUUGCUGAUUUGUGGGUUAUUUCUCAGCAUUUCCUUCAGCUUGACCAGUGCGACAACAUCAUGCCUUUUUAGUAUGACCACCAUCCUAAGUAAUAUAGUUGGGUGAUGUGUCUGAUUUUAGGCCCCAUGUCACUGCCAGGGCAUCUCAUUUUAUGGCUGUUUGGCAACAGUGUGGAAUGCCAGAKGGGCAGUUGCAAUGUUGUUAUACUAUCACCGACAUCUAAAUGGCAUUAUGACUGUCUUGAAAUGAUGAAAAGGUGGGAUACUGUGGUAKCUAUUCCAGGCUGUCUUUUGGAACUCUUGGAAAGGCAAUUCAGUGGCAGAGUUUUUACGCUGAAAGAAUUUGUGUCGCGAGUAAAGGCCAGGUUUACGACUUUGUAGGGAGGGCCAUCAUGCUUCCUAKUCAAAACCAUGUGGCACCAUGUCACUUGUUCCCCGUAUAGGUUUGUGCCACUAACUGGCGGUAAUGGACAGGGUCCCGUCUGAUUCUUCGACUCAGUUUGUCCUGCAGGUACUCUGUGUGUCUUCUUACGAUGGAAGGUCAUUUGAAAAAAGGCCUAUGUUGUUCAGCGUUACUACUUGUAGCCAGGACAGGUGCAUGUUUUGGAAGGAGUUUCAUAUCAUUUCUUUCUGCUUGAUCAUGACCAGCGUUACAUCAUCAUUCACUGGCCUUUCCAGUGUGUUCAUCAUCCUAUAGUAUGUAUUUCCCAAGGGUAUCAUAAAUCUAAUUUGAUAGGUGUAMCCCACGGGCUUGCCAAACUUGYAUUCAGMCCUGGAUGAGCAWGUUUCUGCUUUGGCCUGUAUCUGAGCAAAAACGUUGCAGAAAGCCUWGUCCCGCUCAUGGUGGRACUGAAUGAGCACCUGUACAAAUGGCCAAAGUGUCUUUUUGGGUUAUUUUUUAAUCCUUACCAAUGAUGGCAUAAUUGUCUUCAAUUCCUACAUACAACCCUGMAGAAAAGACUUGCGGAACAUUGCUGCAAGAAAGACAUAGCUAUUUAAACAGGUAAGUAUUCAUUUGUAUAUGUGUUUGACAAUUGUAUUAUGGAUUAAGGGAUUUAUUAAUUUUCUUCAAAAGGUGAG